CUUUCAGUUCCCAAAACUCCACUUACAAGAAAAAAACACAGAAAUGGCGAGUCGUCGGGCAGCUCCAGCACCAACAAACGCAACUCCCGCAUUCUUCACAACACCACCACGCCGUCAACUUGUUGAUCCAAACGAGUCUGCCUUAUCCCGCUUCAUCCGGGAGCAAAUAACUGCUCCAGAAAAAUUAUCUGGAAACAUCAGCAUCGUGACGGGAGUGAGUGUGUUCGCAGCUGGCAUCUUUGUCGCUAGGACAUGGGGAGACAUGCUGGUACCUGCAUGAGUAACGCAGAGACAGCUAGCAGGAUGAGUUUGGCGGUGGUUCUCUUGCGCGGUCGUCAUGACCCCAAAAACGGCUUGAGAGCUGUUACCACAUCACAUUGUACCUGCAUAUCUCCACCUUACUCCUUCCAUGACCGCACGUAAUAGCUAGCUCGCCCAUAAUUUCAUCCCGGUUCUAGAGGUCACCUGUUUCAGCUGUGUUAGGCUGGAAGGUGGGUCGCGUGCAUUGCAGCCACUGCUGGUUAUGAUUCAUGAAGUUAUUCGCACACGAAGAAACUCGAAUAGACUCGCAAGUUCUUAAUGUCAAUUCUGUAUG